CUGUUCUGAGAGCUCCACAGACCAGACAGAAGUCCGACCAGCCUAAGAAUAAACACAGAGAGAGACAGGCUGUGGUCUGUUUUGGGACCUCGGCAAUGGAGGAGCAGAGGAAGGGAUCUGAAGGACGAGAAAAUGAAGAAGACUUUGUGGUCCUGGAGAAAGAUGACACCUGGGUUUCAACUAACGGACAAAACACGGAGGCUCAAAGUAACCGAAUCUCUUCAUUGUCCCAAGAAUCAACAAGCCGGAGCACAUCUACAGACGGAGCUGAAGCCAUGGCGGACAGCUGUGUGAAGAGAGGGUCUCAUUUAGGGGAAGUGACAGGCGGCAGGUGUCAGCUAAAAGCAUUGAGUUCUACUGGAGCGACUCAGGCAGAGACAAGUGGGAGAGGAACUGGAGAGACCGGCGACGAAGACACUGGAAUCAGGACAACACCGACUCCCAAAAGCAGAGGGUUGUUGAAGAGGAUCGUCAGACGGAAGACCAACGACGAGUGUGAGAUCGUUCCUUGUGAACCUGCUGUGAAGUCUCGAGAAGAGGCGGAUCAAAGCAGGGAAAACUAUAGAGACUGUACGACUGAGAACAGAACACAAGAUAUGAGCGCUGUCACCGGGAAGGCCAGCGCGCGCCGUGGUUCCAAGAAAGAGGACAAUCGCUUUGAAGCCAACUCAACUAAGCCCCCUAGCUCCAGCACGGCGCAACAGCAACACGACCCGGCUUUACUACUGGAACAAUGUGAGCCCGUGUCUGCUCCCCGGUGCUGCAACGGAACAAAGGAAGUGGCCAGUUUCAAAAAGGAGAGUGAGUUUGUCUGCUUCUCUGCUGUCAUCACACCUCCACCGCCAACUCACGUAAUGCCCGAGAUGGAGAAAGACAGAAAUCAGCAAGAAGAGGCACCAAAUGAGAAGUCAAAAGUGAAAGGUCCACCGCCUCCAGUCCCUAAAAAACCCAAAAAUCCAUUUAUAAAACUCAAAACGGCUCAGUUAAUGUCGGACGAUGCACCAAAAAGACGCAAGGAUCAUCACCGCUCAGAAGAAAGAGUAAAGCGGAGACACACUUUUCAUUUUAACAAAGAACUUUUGGAACGCAAGGCUCCCAACCAAGACAUGUGUCAGCUUUGGGAUGAGAGAGGGACAUACUUCAUACCAACCAGCGCCAAGCGUCUGUCCGUCGACCUCACUCCCUGGGAAGAACUUUCACAUCACGUUGAACAUCAGGACAGAAGCCAGAUUAACUUCGAUUACUGCGCACGUAUCGUAGAUCUAUCUCCAGAUGAGGAACCGAGGAACCUAGACAUGCUGCAGAGACGAGUGUUUUUAGAGCGAAGAUCUCGAUACAAGAGCUCACCUCCACCUGUGGCUGAGAAACCGGACGAUGUCUCCUCUUCUUCAGAAUCCCACGAGGUCCCAGAGACGUCACCUGAUCUACAGAGAGUACGCAUGGAUGCUGUCAGGAAAGGAACGUCAGAACUUCAGGCAAAGCGCUCACAAACCUCACGAGACGGAAGUAAAGACGUCCACAGUAACGACAGAUGUGUACGAACGAGUGACGCGGCUUCGUACAAACCCGUCGCUGAAAUCGUCAAAGAAACAAAUCAAAUCCAAAGACGUUCAUCGUUUCAGACUAAAACAGAAGUUCCCAAAGCUCCUGUGGUGAUUUCAGACCAGAGUGUGAAUGUGUCCCAAAUGAAGAACACUUUUGAUGUUCCAAAAAAGUCCAAAGAGCGACCGCAGGAGGUUCAGGCAGCGUCAAAGAAAGACAUGUUGAGAAGAGUUGUGCGACAGAGCAAGUUCCGCCACGUCUUUGGGCAGGCGGUGAGAAACGACCAGUGUUACGAUGACAUCAGAGUGUCCCGGGUCACAUGGGACAGCUCCUUCUGCGCCGUAAACCCCAAGUUUGUCGCCAUCAUCAUUGACGCCAGUGGCGGAGGAGCCUUCCUCGUGCUGCCUUUACACAAGACCGGUCGUAUAGACAAAGUUUACCCCACAGUGUGUGGUCACACUGGUCCAGUGCUGGACAUAGAGUGGUGUCCUCAUAAUGACCAGGUCAUUGCCAGUGGCUCAGAGGACUGCACAGUCAUGGUAUGGCAGAUCCCAGAGAACGGGCUGGAGUCUCCGCUGUCGGAGCCCGUGGUGGUGCUCGAAGGACACUCUAAGAGGGUGGGGAUCGUGUCCUGGCACCCCACCGCCCGUAACGUUCUUCUCAGCGCUGGGUGUGACAACCAGAUCAUCAUUUGGAACGUGGGCACCGGCGAGGCCAUGAUCAACCUGGAGGACAUGCAUCCUGAUGUCAUCUUUAGCGUCAGCUGGAGUCGUAACGGCAGCCUGCUCUGCACCGCCUGCAAGGACAAGAAGGUCCGCGUCAUCGACCCGCGCAAAAACAAGAUCGUGGCAGAGAAGGACAAAGCCCACGAGGGAGCGCGGCCGAUGAGAGCCAUCUUUUUAGCAGAUGGAAAUAUCUUCACCACAGGUUUCAGCCGCAUGAGCGAACGCCAACUCGCCCUGUGGAAAAGUGACAAUAUGGAUGAGCCGAUAUGUGUUCAAGAAAUGGACUCUAGUAACGGAGUCCUCCUGCCUUUCUACGAUCCCGACACUAACGUCGUGUACCUCUGUGGGAAGGGUGACAGCAGCAUUCGAUACUUUGAAAUCACAGAUGAAGCGCCGUAUGUUCACUACCUCAACACCUUCUCCACCAAGGAGCCGCAGAGAGGGAUGGGAUACAUGCCCAAACGAGGCCUGGAUGUCAACAAGUGUGAAAUAGCAAGAUUUUAUAAACUGCACGAGAGAAAAUGUGAACCCAUCAUCAUGACUGUCCCCCGUAAGUCUGACCUUUUCCAGGAUGACCUCUAUCCGGACACCGCGGGCCCUGACCCGGCUCUGGAGGCUGAGGAGUGGUUCGCCGGGAAGAACGGAAGUCCCAUCCUCAUUUCACUAAAAGACGGAUACGUGUCGUCAAAGAGCCGGGACCUGAAAGUGAUCAAAUCGAAUGUCCUGGAAUCUAAGCCAGCUCCAAAGGCCGAGAGCAUCAUGCCGGUGCAGAAGCCGACGCCUCCUCCGCCUUCAGCACAGAAAAUGGAAGACAAACUAGAAGAGGUGCUCCGAGAGUUCAAGUCACUCAGGGACCGUGUCAUCCUUCAGGACCGCCGGAUUGCCAGACUGGAAGAGCAGGUCGCCAAGGUCGCCUUGUAAGACACUACAGCAUCUCAGAGUCUGGAGGAUGUGGUCCACCCGAGGCUGAUUCGGCUCCAUUGAACUUGGCGUCUUUGUAUUGGCUCCAGGUCGUCUUGGUGUCUUUGUCAUGGCUCCAGGUCAACAUUCCAGGAUGGAAUUUGUUAUUUUCCAGUAUCACACUCCAGCCCCAUCUCACGAAGAAAAAACUCUUGCAGCUCAUGUUUGUUUGGAGAAACAUUUUUGGAUAAGUCUUAAUUUUUGUUUUAAUAUGUGGUAAACAUUCUCAUGUGGACUUUGUAUUUCUCUGAAAUCGUAUGUAGCAUCAGUAUUUCCAUUUUAUGUUUUGUGUUGCCAAAUAUGAAUUGCAUUUUUAUGCACUGCUUUGACAUUUCUGUACAUUCCCGUCACAUGGAUAGAAUCAAUUAGCCAAGCUGGAUUUUUGUAACGCUGUUUUUCCUCAGAUUAUGAAUGUGGCAGAAAUCCUUCUCAAACAUUAUUGUUCCUAUUUUGGUCUCAACAUAAACCAUCGGGUGUUAAGGGGAGGGUUGCAUUUCUCUGGUGUAAAUGUUGUGCAAAAUGUAGUGGUGCCUCUUGUCGCUGAACGGCCUCGUCUCCUGCGGCGCUGUUCAGGACAAAUGUGGUGUUGGGGAGGGACCACUCACUGCUUGUGUUUCACUGAACCCGACAGUUCUGUGCACAUAAUAAAGGUU